UGGGCGUGCAGUGUGUGAGCAGGCGGUGGGCAAAGGGGGGAGAACGGGGUCCGAAUGACGGUAGAGGAGUCCGCCAGAACCGGGAACUAAACCGACCCAACCCUCGGUCGUCCUCCUGAGGGGGUCUCCACCGGUCGCCUCUCCCCUCGGCGCCCAAAUCUCGGCGGCUGAUCCGGUUGGUCGGAGCCGUGCUGUCGCAGGAGCUACCCAAGUCUCGCGGCAAAAAGAUGGAGCAGAUGUCGGAUGAGGAGGUAGAGCUCCGAGAGGAGGAGGAGGAAGAGGAGGACAGCGACAAGGAGGACCAGGACCUGGACAAGAUGUUUGGAGCCUGGCUGGGAGAGCUGGACAAACUCACGCAGAGUCUGGACGACGGGCGCCCGGAGCGUCCCGCCCAGCAGAAGGCGCCCCUCCGCCAGGAGACCAACAUGGCCAACUUUUCCUACAGGUUCUCCAUCUACAACAUCAACGAGGCGCUGAAUCAGGGGGAGAACGUGGAUCUGGACGCGCUCAUGGCCGACCUCUGCUCCAUCGAGCAGGAGCUCAGCACCGUCAACCCCAAACAGAAUACCGGCGGCGGCGUUGCCCGUCUGGGACUCUCCGACACCAAGGUCCGUCAGAAACCACCAGCGGGGCGCAGCGUCAAGCAGCAGCCAGCCGGGGGCGACGGUGGCGGUAGCGGCAGCGUCAAAGCCUCCGGCGGACAUCAAGGGAGGCCGGCGCUGGCGUCCAACUUCAGCUUGGAUGACAUCACGGCCCAGCUGGAGAAGGCCUCCAUGAGCAUGGACCAAGCCGCCCGUCAAAACUCCUCCCACUCGCUGGGCUCCGCCUCCGCCACGUCGGCUUCGGUGCGCAGGCCGGCGUCCGGCCAGCGGCAGCAUCGCCGCACGGGGUCGGUCGGCACGGUCAGCGAACACGAGGUGCGCUCCAUCGUCCACUCCUCGCGCUCCUCCAUCACCUCGGCCUCAGGGGCCUCCGUCAACUCGUCCUCCAUGGACUCUCUGGACAACGUUCUUCACGACGACCACGCCGACGACGACCCUGGUGCCGCUUUAGCCCCGCCCCCGGCUCGGGACGGCACGGAGCACUCGUAUCUGGACAGGGAAACCUCUCUGAUUCUGAGAAACAUAGCCGGCAAGCCUUCACACCUGCUGACCAAGGAGGAGCAGGCUGCUAAGAUGAAAGCGGAUAACAUUCGAGUUGCUCUGGAGAAGAUCAAGGAGGCCCAGGUGAAAAAGCUGGUGAUCCGCGUUCAUUUGUCAGACGAGAGCUCCAAGACGAUGAUGGUGGACGAGAGGCAGACGGUCCGACAGGUUCUGGACAGCCUGCUGGAGAAGUCCCACUGUGGUUACAGUCCAGACUGGUCACUGGUGGAAACCAUCCAUGAACUCCAAAUGGAACGCAUCUUUGAGGACCACGAGAACCUGGUGGAGAACCUCCUCAACUGGACCCGAGACAGCCAGAACCGCCUGAUGUUCACAGAGCGGAUUGAGAAGUACGCGCCGUUCAAGAACCCGCAGAACUAUUUGUUGGGGCGGAAGGAGACGUGCGAGAUGGCGGAGCGCAACAAAGAGGCUCUGUUGGAGGAGUGUUUUGGGGGCAGCUCCGUGUCCGUCCCCGAGAUGGAGGGCACGCUGUGGCUGAAGGACGACGGCAAGAAGUCCUGGAAGAAGCGCUACUUCCUGCUUCGGGCCUCUGGGGUCUACUACGUCCCCAAAGGCAAAGCAAAGGCGUCUCGCGAUCUGGUGUGUUUUCUCCAGCUGGACCACGUCAACGUCUACCACGGCCAAGACUACAAGAGCAAGUACAAAGCGCCCACAGACUUCUGCAUGGUGCUCAAGCACCCUCAGAUCCAGAAGAAGUCUCAGUACAUCAAGUACCUGUGCUGCGAUGACGUCAGAACCCUCCAGCAAUGGGUCAACAGCAUCCGCAUUGCUAAGUACGGGAAGCAGCUCUACAUCAACUACCAGGACGCCAGGAGGAGGACGGAGGCGGCCUACGACUGGUCCUCGCUCUCCUCCUCCUCCAUCAAGUCAGGAUCUUCCUCCUCCAGUCUUCCAGAGUCCCAGUCCAACCACUCCAGCCAGUCCGACAGUGGCGUGUCAGAGAUGACGUCAUCGGGCCACACCCGCUCACAGAGCGUGGUCAGCUCCAUCUUCUCCGACGCCUGGAGGAGGGGCACGCAAGGAGGAGAGAUGAUGAAGAUGGACGCCAUCAGUAGACCCAUCCCCUUGCAGAUCCCCAACCUCUCCUCCCAGCACCUCCCCCUCUCUCAGACCCCGCCUUCCCGCAGCAGCUACACCGACGGGAUGGUUCCCUCCGGGGACUGCUCCCCGCCCCCGGUGGCGAGCGUGGCCCAUCAGGCGGCCUCCUACGUCAAGUACAGCACGCUGGCCCGGCUGCAGAACCAGAGCCAGUCCCAAGCUCAGCCGCCCGGGGCCCCCCCACUCCCCAACUACAACACUCUGCCGGCUGCCUACAGCUCCCCCCCUCCGCCCCCACCACCCUCAGAACCGUUUCAAGGCUCGGCCCUGGCUGCACUGAACCUGAGUCCCGCCUCCCUUCCUCCUCCCCCGCCUGAGGACGAAUCCUUGUACCUCCCGCCUCCGCCCCCGGAGAUCCUGGAAGCCAACGGGUUGCCACCCCCACCGGAGGCCGGCCUGGAGCCCCACACUCACCCGUCCCACACCGGCCUCAAGCAGUUCCUGGCCCAGAAGUUUCCAAACAUGGUGUAUGACUUUACUCCACCUGUGCCGGGGGAGUCCACCCCGGCCGAGUUCUCCCCCCCUGCGUCCCUGCGCGCACUGUCUCCCGGCGCGCCCCCGCCAACACCACCCAAAAGCUUUGUUGGGGGUUUUCCUCCACAGACCCCCCCAAAACCCACGGGUCCGUCUUCCCUGCCGGUCGCGCUGUCACCAGUGUCCCCCACGCCGCCCCCCAGCGGUCACGGCCCUGUCAAGAAGCAGCAGAGUUUCUCCACAGGCCACUCCCCCAAUCAGCCGCCGCCCACUCUCCCCAAACAGCACAGUCUCUCCUCCAAGAACCUUGUCCUCUCCCCGUCGGCCUCGUCGUCCUCCGUCUCCUUGGCGACCUCCUCUCUGGUCAAACAGAUCGUCAACCAGUUUCCAGGAAACGCCGCUUCCUCCUCGCUGCCCUCCUCCAACUCCAUGGAAGGCUCCAAGCUCAGCACCCCUCAGUCGCCCCCAGCAGUCAAGGCCAAACCAAAAUGGCAGCCGGGGGGCGUGGUCGCUCCACAGUCCCCAGAGUUCCCCCCUCCUCCUCCCGACAACUCCCUCGCCGAGUUCCCCCCUCCGCCUCCCUCCAAGACGGGCUCCCCCAUAAAGAAGUCUCCUUCCUCCACCUCCACGGGCUCCACCAAGCGGGGGCCGCCUCCUGCCCCGCAAAGAGCCUCCUCCAUGCGCUCCAACUCCGGCGAGGCGGCGGACGAGCGGCCCAAGAAAGUGGAGAGCCUCCUCACCAAGUUUGGACAAGCUCCUCAAACUCAAACCUCCUCCAGCUCCUCCUCGGCCACCGGGUCGCCCGCUAAGGAGGCCUCCGCAUUUCCCACGCCCCUCCCCAAGCCGGGCAAGCUGAACCUGGCCAACCUGCCGUUGGCGCUCCAGGGGCUCCAGACGGGCCAGCACCACCAGGCCUCCUCGGACUUCCCGUCGCCCCCCCUGCCGCUGCAUCAUCUGGAGUCGUCACCCGACUACUUCCCGCCCCCGCCCAGCGACUCUGAGCUGUUCCCUCCCCCGCCCCACCCGUCUGAGUUCCACCAGCCGCCAAAGGUGGCCGUGGUCAACCCCCAGCCUCAAAAGCAGCCGCCCCCCUCUUUGUCGUCUUCAACGUGGAAGCAGGGUUCCCUCAAAAAGGGGCCGGUACCUCUGCCCACGCUAAAUCGGCGGGCGAGCAACACAACCCCACAUGACACUUCAGUGCCGCUGUCGCCGCCGCCCCUCUCUCAGACCCCGCCUCCCUCGCUCUCCUCUUUCACCUCCUCCUCUCCCGUGCCCCCCACGUCCCCGAAAUCUGCAGGGCCGAGCACCCUGGCGCUCAAGACUCACUUCCUGGAAGACCUGAACCGCACCCUCAAGAGGAAGUCGGUUUCCCGCCACGGCUCGCUCACCUCCUCCCAGCUCGUCCCGUCCUCCAAGAUGGAGCCCGUGGCCACCAUGGACGACAUGGCGCUGCUCCCGCCCCCCCCGCCCGAGCUCCUGCAUCAGCAGCAGGACGGCCGCCGCCACACGCAGACACUUUCCCGCCACCACGCCCACUCCCAGUCCGCCAAACACAGCGCCAACAUUUCAGGCUAUGCAACGCUGCGGCGAGGACCGCCGCCCGCCCCGCCCAAACGGGACCAAAGCACCAAACUGACCAGCGAGUGGUAGACGGCUGGAGGUGGGUCACUUCUGACAAAACAGGAAACAAACUUUCUACUUCCUGUUCUGCAUCGCAUUCUAUAUGUUGACUAAUCAGUACACAAAUAUGUAAAUGUUGAUGUAUAUACUUUGAUUUUACAAAGCCUAAACACGACUGAAGGAGGUAGGAACCAUGAAGGAGGAGUGUUUAUAUCGUACGGACAGGAAGUCCAUGUCAAUUUUCUAUAAGAUAAUUUAAUACUGCAUCAAUCGUCUUUCUUAGCGCUUGAAUCAUUCCGGCGUUGAUCAUAAAUGCUGGCGGCCAUGUUGCUUCGCUCACCGUUGCGGAGGAGGGGCUACGGAAUAUAGGGGGGCGCUCCAAAGAACACCACAUCACUGUGCGCGACUUCAUCAAUAAAACCCAAUCGGCUCGAUCACUUUCCACGGCUUUUUCCAGACUUCCUGUUUUGGAUGAAAAACGUGGAAAGGCUGCUUUGUUAUGGCUAAUUAGUCCCUGCAUCCCAAAUAACUCCGGGCCGGGCCCCUGGGGGGCACCGCUUCGAAAACCACCUGCAGAGAGAAGGUGGCAUCUGUAAAGCCGCUGGCGUUUUGAGUAUUUUUUUUGCAGGGCAUCAAAAGGUUUCAUGGACGGAUUGAAGCAUAUAUUACAUAUUGUACACAUGCCCCCCCCCCUUUCCCCCCAGCCAAUAAAAACAAAUUCCCAUCUGAAAUAAAAGCUGACUUAUGAAUAUAUAGUGUUGUUCAUUCAAUAAAGCAAUGAUAUAAAGUUUGGUAGCAAAUGCACAUUUUAUACGGCGGAAAUCAUCUUUAUGUAAUAAAGAUUUUUUUCUGAGGAAACCUUCAGACUUUGUGGGUUUACCGCAGGCAAUCAUAAAGCCUCAUCUUUGGCGCCAUCAAGUGGCCAAGACCAAGCACAACACAGCUGCUGGUCAGUCCAGAGAGGAAGCUCAUUUUCCCGAUCUACACUAUAAAGACAAAGUCGCUGGGAACCGGUAAAUACUU